AUGAGCCUGGAGUCUUUGUUUCAGCACAUCAUCUUCACGGAGCAGCAGGCUGAGGAGAGCCGCCGCCUCAUGCGGGAAGUAAGGUCUGAAACAAUCCAAUGUCGGGAAAAUAUUCAGAAAGCAACCGAGAAGCUGAAUGAAGAGAAAAUCAAGUUGGAAUCUAAGGUUGAACAAUUUUCUGAAAGAUCCUUCCUCCUACAACGUUUGAAAACCCAUGAAAAUGCAUUAGAAAGACAGUACAAUGAAAUUACAGACCAAAGGAAUACGCUGCUUCAUAAUUUUGAGACCAUAAAGAAAAAAGCAGAAGAAGAGGAAGAAAAAUUUCUUCAAGAAAUUACAGACUUCAAUAAUAAAUAUGCAAUAACAAAUAAAAGAGAGCUUUUUAUGAAAGAAAAUGUGAAAAUGGAAAUAUCUAACUUAGAAAACCAGGCAAAUGUUUUGAAAAUGGAAAUGAAGUCAAUGGAACCUGAUAGUAACCUGUUAAAUGACCUGCAAAAGCAAAAGCAUGAAUUAAUGCAAGAAUUACUUACUCUCCAGAGAAAACUUAAAGGUUUUGAAGAUAAAGAGAAGGAGGCCGUUUGUACUACCAAAUACCUAGAGGCAGAAAAAAUCAAAAUCAGUGAAAAGCCUCAAAAUGAUGCUGAAUGCUUAAGACUUAAAAAAGAAUUAGAACUUUAUAAAGAAGAUGACAUGGAAAGUAUUUAUGAAGCUCUUCAAACAGAAGUAGAACUUUUGGAGUUGGGAUGGGCGAUAUGGUCAACCUACGGGCAGGCCAGGGCAAAGGCAGCCCACCCUCUCUGGAGCAGCCAUACGUCACCCCACCGGCUCCUGGGCCAUGUGCAAGGCCUUCAGUUCUGCCCCUUUGAAGAUGUUUUAGGAGUGGGACACAGUGCAGGCAUCACCAGCAUGCUGGUUCCUGGAACUGCUGAGCCCAACUUUGAUGGCCUUGAGAAUAAACCCUACAGGAGCCGGAAGCAGCGCCAGUGGGAGGUGAAGAUCCUGCUGAAGAUACCUGCAGAGCUCAUUCGUCUGCACCCACGGAACCUCGGCAGAGGUUGA